GCCCAAACCGGACACCAUGAAGAUCCCAAUUCUUCCCGUCGUGGCUCUCCUCUCUCUUCUGGCAUUGCAUGAGGCCCAGGGAGCAGCCCUGGGGCAUCCCACGAUAUACCCGGAAGAUAGCACCAACAUUAAUUACCCUACCGUAGCAGAGGGCCUUAACAAUGAGUUCCUGAACUUUAAGAGGCUACAGUCUGCCUUUCAGUCAGAAAACUUCCUGAACUGGCACGUCAUCACUGAUAUGUUCAAAAAUGCACUUCCUUUCAUUAACUGGGACUUCUUCCCUAAGGUGAAAGGACUGAGAAGUGCCGCUCCUGAUUCCCAGUGACCAUUCUCUUUAAGACCUAGGACCUAGGCUGAGCCCAGUAGAAGAAGAGGCAAGCAUGGAAUCUGAAGUCCAUCCUACGACAAAUCUCCCCUGCCUCAGUUCCUCCAAUAAAGUGUUUUCCACUCAAGUGG